GUCAUCCCAACUGCGGAUCACUUGUCCAGCACUUUAUAACAGGCUCCUCGGUCCAGAAUUUUGGAGUCUUGGUCUCAUUUUGUCUGCUAGAGACACAGGAAGUGUCCCGCUGCACCACAUUCCGUCUGGACAGAUGAAGAUGUCUUUGUGAGAGUUUGGGCACAUUGUUUAAGGAGCACCACGUUUCAGAUUCAACCAAAUGCACCGACUCUGACCUCGGGUUUCUGCUGCUGAGAGGAUAUUGGAAAUAACCUACAAUCUCACUCAUUUGCCACUGGGCACUUUUUCCCCCCGUUAUAGUGUUUUAAAUUUGUUUUAAAAUGUCACUAACUGUAACUGACCUGUCUCAAGGGAAGAUGACAGAGUUUCAGGAGGAGCUCCGUCAGCAGCAUGAGCUGUCCAUGCACAGGGAGCUGGAGACGCUGCUGAGCACAGUCCAGGGAACGGAGGCGGAGAUCGCCAGAAAGGAUUUUGAGGGUUUUAAGAAGCUCUUUCACAGAUUCCUUCUGAAGGAAGGUCCCUCAGUAGACUGGGCCAAGAUCCUUAGGCCCCCUGAAGAUUCGAUCCAGCCCUAUGAGAAGAUCAAGGCCAGGGGUCUCCCUGAUGACAUUGCUGCCAGCCUCAACAAGCUGGUGGUAGUCAAACUGAACGGGGGUCUCGGGACCAGCAUGGGCUGCAAGGGCCCCAAGAGCCUCAUCAGCGUCCGCAACGAGAAUACAUUUCUGGACCUGACUGUUCAGCAGAUAGAGCACCUGAAUAAGUGCUUUAAAACCAACGUGCCACUCGUGCUGAUGAACUCCUUCAACACAGAUGAGGACACCAAGAAGAUCCUGAAGAAAUACGCUCACCACCGUGUCAAAAUACACACCUUCAACCAGAGCAGGUACCCACGGAUCAACAAGGAAUCACUCCUACCCAUUGGCAAAGAUCUUGGGAUGACUGGGGAGAACGCUGAGGCCUGGUACCCUCCGGGUCACGGUGACACCUAUGCCAGCUUCUACAACUCGGGUCUCCUGGACAAACUCAUUGCAGAGGGCAAAGAGUACAUCUUCAUCUCCAACAUUGACAAUCUGGGGGCCACCGUGGACCUUUUCAUCCUCAACCACCUCAUGUCCCAGCCACCCGACAGGCGCUGUGAGUUCAUCAUGGAGGUCACAGACAAGACCAGGGCUGAUGUCAAGGGUGGCACCCUGAUCCAGUAUGAUAACCAUCUGCGACUCCUGGAGAUUGCCCAGGUGCCCAAGGCCCACGUGGAUGAGUUCAAGUCGGUCACCAAAUUUAAGAUCUUCAACACCAACAACCUGUGGAUCUCUCUCCCUGCUAUCAAGAGAGUGCACGAGAAGAACGCCAUGGACCUGGAAAUCAUCGUCAACCCAAAGACACUGGAAGGAGGGCUGAAUGUGAUUCAGUUGGAGACGGCCGUGGGUGCGGCCAUCAAGAGCUUCGACAACGUCCUGGGCAUCAACGUCCCGCGCAGCCGCUUCCUGCCCGUCAAGACAACCUCCGACCUGGUGUUGGUCAUGUCCAACCUGUACAGCUUGGAUGCUGGAUCACUCACCAUGAGCAGGGAGAGAGAAUUCCUCACCACGCCUCACGUCAAACUAGGGAGAUCUUUUACCAAGGUCCAAGACUACCUGACGAGGUUCGACAGCAUACCAGACAUAUUGGAACUGGACCACCUCACCGUGUCAGGUGACGUCACCUUCGGAAAGAACGUAUCACUAAAGGGAACAGUCAUCAUAAUAGCCAACCACGGCGACAGGAUCGACAUUCCUGCCGGGGCUGUCCUGGAGAACAAGGUUGUGUCAGGGAAUCUUCGCAUCCUGGACCACUGACAUCUGCCGAGGAGAAAAAAAGCCAUUUGCACCUUAAAGAGACUCCUGGUCAAAAACAAAGCUGUUCCUCUUCACCAAUAUUUGACAGGACAGUUACUGAGAGGAAAAAAAACGGUUUUAAUAUGUUUGCACCAUCUUCAUGUUCACUUAUCCAUCCAUCCAUCCAUUUUUCAAGUCGCUUCACCACAGCAGGAGCAUGAAUGUCACCCUUAAAAGGUCAAGGGUCAAGUUCAAUGUUCUCAGUGGGAUUUCCCGCCUGAAAAGCCAUGUAUUGGUUGGGCACAUAACACCAACACAUUAGCUAUGAGCCCCAUCCAAAAAACUUCAUGUUAGCGAAAUGAAAUGACCCUACCUAUGUCUGAGCCAACAUCGGAUCUCUUUAUUUUAUGUUAAUAAAAGUGCAAUGUG